AUGGCAAUAAAAAUCAGCAUCCUUUGCUCUUGCGAACCGAACCAGUUACGAAAGGAGUUUGGUGGAGAUGACAGCGAGUUGAGAUUCGAUUAUCUCUGUCGAGUGGGCGGUUUGGAAAAGAUCAGUACACUUGGUGAUUGCUACUAUUGCGUUGCCGGUUGCCCAGAACCGUGCGCCGAUCACGCCAUUCGUACGGUAGAAAUGGGACUGAAUAUGAUUGUCGCUAUUCGUCAAUUCGACAUUGAUCGAGGCCAGUCGGUGAACAUGAGGGUUGGAAUCCAUACAGGAAAGGUUAUGUGCGGCAUGGUGGGCACUAAACGUUUCAAGGUUCACGUGUCGGAAGCCACCGCUAAAUAUCUCAGAGAGGACUACAUUCUGGAAGAUGGACCAGACUAUGACGGUCCGUUAAGGAUGCAAGUCCAGGGCACAGAGAGGCGUGUAAAGCCAGCAAGCAUGAAAACGUACUUCAUCAAGGGAAGGCUUCGGGAUUCGAUUGAAGACGGGCUCGACACGGGGUCGGAUCGUGAAGCUGCCGUGCAAAAAUCGGCUCCGGUCACCACAGCAAAACCGAAAUCCGGCUUCAAACAGGAAGACGACCGUAAAAAAAGAAAAACCAGCAGCGCCAAGAGUUGUGCUAGAGAUCCACUCACCUUAGUGAAAAUCGCUGGCAAACUCAAGAUGAAUCACACAAAUUCGUAUCCAAUUCGUGCAAGUGGUGGCGGAUCAUUACGAAUGAAACUGGCCGAUCGUAAUCGAUCUACCCAGUUGCUGCCAAAAGAA